AUGGAGAAGACUUUGAACAGGAUUCAUCCAGUUUCUCAUCCAGAAGCAACCUAUUUUCUACAAGUAUCAUGGGAAAAAGAUUUAGGCACUGGCUUUGGUAUAAUACUUAGUGAUGGUCAAUGUGCAUGGACUGGGACAGUGCCUGAAGCUGAAAUUUCUAGGGAGGCUGCUGACAUGGAAAUGAAUAGAGAAAAGUAUGUGGAAGAACUGAAGAAAGCAUUGAUAGCUGGAGAAGAAUCAGCUGGCAAAUAUAACUUUGCUGUUUCAAGAGAUGAUGAAAACAUGGAGUGCCACUUCUCCUAUGAAAGAAAUCUGAAAGAUGGCUCUUUUAGACUUGGAUCUCUGAAGCUACAGAAAGUUUCGAGUCCGGUGGAGGUGGUUAAGGAGCUGAUUGGUUACUGUCUGGACUGCCUGGGAAGACUGCAGGCAAAAAACGAGCAUCUACAAAAAGAAAAUGAAAGGCUUUUCAGCAACUGGAGUGAUGUGGAGAAGCGGCUGGAAAAAUGUGUGGAAGCUAAAGAAGAACUAGAGGCAGAUCUCUAUAACCGGUUUAUUUUGGUGCUGAAUGAAAAGAAGGCAAAGAUAAGAAACUUACAGAAGUUGUUGAACGAAGCUAGAGAAUCUGCAGCAGAUGCCAAAUGCACAAGGGAUAGUAUAGCUACCACUCAGACAGCUACAGGGAGAGAAAAUGACUAUGAUGGCAGCACUGAUGAGGAAAGUGAAAAUUUAACACAGGCCUCAUUACCAUCAGCACCAGAACGAAAGGAUUCCUUUCUGAGCAGCCCAGAUGUCAUCGAUACAGCUCCAAGAAGAAAGCGAAGACAAAGGACAGCAAAGCCUGCUGGGACAGGAGCUAAGAUGGCUACUUACGAGACUGAACUGCCAGCCGAGGAAAA